UUGACGCCCGCCGAGCGCGCGGCCGAGCGCAAGCGCCUCGCGGCCCUGCCCGCCGCCGAGCGCAGAAAGGUGUAUGCCGCGUAUAAAGGCAAGGGGCGGUAUGUGGCGCCCUCCGACACCACGACGUUUGCGGACGAGUACGAGAUCGACCCGGCGCGCAACGACGGCGUGGGGUACCAGUUCGACGCGGUCGUACGGGACCGCGCGGCGCGCAGGCGCAUGCAUGGCGGCGACUGCGAGUGCUGUCGCGACUAUUAUGCGGCCGUGGGCGACAUUCCGCGCUUCCACUCGGCGCCGGCGUGGCGCGACGAGCCAGACGGAGAUGCAGGGGGCGCGGGCGCAGGGGAUACACCAGCAGGCGUAGGAAUCGAGGACCAUCAGAAGCGCGUGUCCCGACACCGUGAGGUUUGGCGGCGUCCCCCAACACCCCCGGAUUUUUGGAAGAUCGCGUUUCCUACCACCCAGGAGGUCGAGGACGUCAACCGUCGCGCGGAUGAGAUGACGGCGGCGCGCGAGGCCGAGGUCCGCCGCGAA